CCCAAGCAGCAAGCUCUGCCAGCCUCUUCAGAUCGACGUCAACCAGAGAUCCCCAAACAUGAAGUCUGUUGUCCUCGCCUGUCUGGCCGCCCUCGCAGCCGCCGCCCCUCAGCAGUUCGGCAAACAGCUCAGCCAGCGGGACCGACAGGACUACAAGCCCAUCGCAAUCCUGAAGGACAACCGAGUGGAUUAUGGUGACGGCAACUUCAACUACGACUUCGAGACCGAGAACGGCAUCGCGGUGAACGCCGUCGGCACCCCGGGCUCCAAGGGGCAAAGUAACAUCCAGGGUUCCUAUAGCUUCACCCUCCCCGACGGCACCUUCGUCGAGGUCCGCUACGUGGCCGACGAGCUCGGCUACCGCGCCGAGUCCCCCGUCAUCCCCCCGCUCCCCGCCCACGCCAUCGAACAAAUCCGCUUCGCCGAGGAGCAGCGCGCGAAGGGCGUCGUCUGGGACCAAUAUGGAUUUCGAGUAAACAGGAAAUAAGCGCUGUUUAGAAGCCGAACAACCGACAGGGCAACGACAUCAGGACUGAAAAAAGGUCCAUUUUAGCUUAUCAUAACUGUAACGUGUGUUACAGUUAGCUGAAGUAUUAUUAUAUGUAUUAUAUAUGUAUAUGUAGCGACAAAAUAGAGGUAGAAAUAUGUAUGAUACCGUUCUAAGUAGCUGAUCAUGCAUACAGUCUGCCUUGCUUAUGCAUGAAUAAACUGUCAUGGAAA